AUGAUAACCCACAACAGAAGCAUUUCCCACCCAGCCACAUUUUUCCUCAUUGGGAUCCCAGGUCUGGAGGAAAUCCAUGCCUGGAUCUCUCUACCUUUCUGCUGUAUUUAUCUUGUGGCCCUAAUGGGAAAUACCACAAUUCUGGUAGUUAUCAAGACAGAGCGUUCUCUCCGAGAGCCCAUGUUCUACUUUCUGGCCAUCCUUUCUUCAGUCGAUCUGGCCCUUUCUACAACCUCUGUUCCCCGUAUGCUUGGCAUAUUCUGGUUUGAUGCCCAUGAAAUAAACUUCGGUGGCUGUGUGGCUCAGAUGUUUUUGAUCCAUGCCUUCACUGGCAUGGAGGCUGAGGUUCUCAUGGCCAUGGCUUUUGACCGUUAUGUAGCCAUCUGUGCUCCACUACACUAUACAACGAUCUUGACAUCUCGGGUGCUGAUGGGCAUCAGUAUAUGUGUUGUGAUCCGUCCAGCCUUGUUUAUAUGCCCCAUGAUCUAUCUCAUUUACCGCCUACCCUUUUGUCAAGCUCAUAUAAUAGCACAUUCCUAUUGUGAACACAUGGGCAUUGCAAAAUUGUCCUGUGGAAACAUACAUAUCAAUGCUGUGUAUGGCCUUUUUGUGGUCUCUCUCUUUCUUUUGAACCUGGUCCUUAUUGGCGUCUCAUACGGAUACAUUCUCCGUGCUGUGUUCCGACUCCCAUCGCAGGAUGCACGGUUAAAAGCCCUCAGCACAUGUGGUUCCCAUGUUGCUGUUCUCUGUGUUUUUUAUAUCCCAUCAGUCUUCUCUUUCCUCACUCAUCGAUUUGGACACAACAUACCACACUACAUUCACAUUCUUGUUGCAAACCUCUAUUUGGUCAUUCCUCCCUCACUUAAUCCCAUCAUUUAUGGUGUGAGGACAAAGCAGAUAAGAGAACGAGUUCUCCAUGUAUUUACUAAAAGGUAA